AUGUCAGAAGAAAAUUCAACAUUUUGUAAUCUUCUUUAUGUAGUCGAUCAACCGUUUGAAAACAUUGCAGUUACUUUCAAGGGCCUUGUUCCUGAACAGAAUAGGUUUCAAGCCGCAUGUACAUUGAUGGCAUUAUUGGAAAGUAGUGAAUUACAGGCAAAACAAAGAGUUGUUGCACUCUAUAUUCUCUACAAUUUAUACAACAUAGUUCCUAUACUUGAUAAUCCCUUUCUUUUAUUAUUCCUAAAUCUUUAUAAAUCACAUUCCUCCAAUUUAUCAUUAGUGAAAUCAAAUGGCGAUUUACUUGUUGAAUAUCUAGUUGAGUCAUUAAUUUUAUCGGAUAAAGCAAAUCAGAAUGAAAACAAACAAAUAUGGCCAUGGAGUAUUCCUGAAUCAACAAAAUUCCAUGAACCCUCUUCCUCCUCCUCUUCUUCCUAUACUACCAUUACAUCCCCAUCUUCUUCUUUAAACAAUCCAAUCAUACAUAAUAAACCACAAAAUAUCAGUUCAGAUGAAAAUGAGACACAGGCUGAGUGGGACUAUGUGAUGAAUGAAGAAAUAUCGGAUCAGAAAAGAAUUGGUUUAUUAAUGAACAAAGCAUUCCAAACAGCUUUAUCAAUACGUGAAGUGGAGUGUAUUGAUUUAAUUUAUGAUUGUGAACUUUCACCAGAAAAACUUCCUAAUUUAGUUGAAAAUAAUCCCAAGAUUGCUGUUGAAGUAUUAUUAUUGCUCAAAUCCUCUUCUCAGAUUGACAUAUAUUUGGAAACACUUUUAACUAUUAAUAUGUCACUUCAAUCGUCUGCAGAAGUGAUGAAUCGAAUGAGAUCAUCCAUGGAAGUUAUUAAUAGAUUAACUACUUCAAUAGUAAUUCCUCCCGAACUUAUACACAAGUUUGUUACUAAUUGUAUAGAUGCUUGUGGAAAAGAUAAAAAUAUUCAAAGUAGACAAGUUCGUUUGGUGUGUGUAUUUCUUUUAUCCUUGUUUCGUAAUAACAUAAUUGAUCCCAAUGAAUAUUUUAUAGAGUUACAAGCAUUUUGCAUUACAUAUUCACGAAUAAGAGAAGCAGUUGAACUAUUCAAAUAUAUUGGAGAACUUAAUAAAGAUGUUGUCAGUGAUGAAUUAAAUUUCAUUGAUGGUAUCAUUAUCGGAUAA